AUGGAUACUCCUACAUGCCCCCCACCGCGAGACGACCGCGAGAAGGAGAUUCUGGACAAGCUGGUUGCGAUCCGCGACAGUCUGCAACUGCUGAAGCAGGAUCGGACGACGUACAUUCGCAGUCAAGAUGUCCUACCGCUGUACGAUGAUACCAUCGAGCAGGUCCGCCAGCUCAACGAGUUCCGAUCGUCUGAUCGAAGAGAGGAGAACAGAGUGGACAGAGUAUUAGAGAGCUGUUUCCAGCUUUUGUCGCUCUUCUUCAUGACGAUCGGUCGAAACAACGAAGCCCCGGCCGCCUAUGCGUUGACGUCCACCAUCAAGAGACUCCUGGAUCACCUUACCGAAGUCAACCUGUACUCUGCUAAAGACCUCGAGAGCCUGUCGCACACCCUCAGCAAGCUGGCGCAUAACGUCAAGUCCACCGAAAAUGAAUACUCGCCAUACCUCAUUACUCUACUAUCAAAUAGACUAGAGCUUUGUGAACAGUCUCUGGCCAAUCUAAAAAAGCGCCUGGAGCGUCUCGAGGAUCCCCUUCCGAAGACGUACGAGAAGCUGAUUUCUAUCCUGAGAUCCAUUUCUCUGGCAAACACACGGGCCAAGUUCUCGUCGUCAGAGGUUCAGAAGCUGCGAUCCCAAUUACUAGAGAUAGACCAACAGAACAAGGAGGGCAAGUUCAUGACUACGGACGGACGUGUCCCUGCUGGAAGUGAAGAGGUGGCUGCAUUACUGGAGAAAUGCCUGCAAUGGUCCGACGUUGUGCUUGAGAGAAAAGGAGUGAUCCCUGAAUCAUUCCGGCCGAUAUACGACGUUCUUUUCCGCAUCCGUAACGAGCUCGAGAAGCUCUCUAUUACGAAAGCGUGGUCUCUACGUGAGGCAGACCUCUACGACUUCCAGAGGCAGUUGGACAAGAUCGACGAAAGCAGAGUGAACGGCAAUUGGCUGGACGAGGACGGUAAACCUGCUGAGCUCUAUGUCCAGCGUACGCUUCUUUACCUCAUCAGGAGAAGCUACGCCUAUAUCUACUCGCUCAUGAUCUCCUCAGAACCCGUGUCUGAGGCCCUGUUACCGAUUUACAACCAGCUACAAACGCUCAAGAGAUGCUUGAUCGAGGUCAAGAACAGCGGUGGUGUCCAGUCUGUCAGGGAACUGUACCCCUACAGUAUGAAGCUUCACUCGAUCGACAACAUGCGCCAAGACGGAAAGUUCAUGGUCAACAACGAUAUUCCCGAAGGGCAGGGCAGUGUUAGCGAGCUUCUCGCCGAGUGUUUUGACCUCAACUAUGAACUCAGGGUUGCUGUUGAAGAGCAAGCUGGGGCAGAAUGA